UCCUUCGCCGAUCACCUCAAGGAAAAGCGGAAUCACAUAACGAAGUCAUUGACCGAGCUGUUCGGAGCAAUCAAAUCAGGCGCACACUUCAAAGAAGAAUCGGAGCGGAUCGACGAAAUGCAGGCCAGAAUUCGCGAGCUUCUCGUGAAUGAGCAGGCAAACAAAGUUGAAAUCGCUCGAUUGGAGAAGGAGGUGGAGAGCGCGGGUGCGCGCCUAACGGAAGCGACAGUGAAAUACCUCACCGCCGAGAAGAAGGUCGAUCGUCUCAAGAGCCAGACCCUUGCGAAAAUCGAACGUCAAGCUAUGUUCCAUUCGAGCUCAGGACCGGAGCAGAAGGACAGUCCCAUGACCGACGAACAGCAAUCGGCCAGAGAUCGUGAAAUCAGCGCGAAGAUGGCGGAGGGACAUUUUGCAGACGUGGAACAAGCCCGGAAGGAGGCGCAAGCGAUCGCUAGCAAACAGAAAGAAGAAAUUCAGCAAUUGCAGGCCGAUAACGCCCGUCUCUCGGACCAGGUUACCACCUUCACGAUCAAGGUACGCACUGCUCCCGCGACCCCUCGAGUAGCUACCCGUUCAUGGCUGAUCGCGCGGCUCGCAUCUAGUUUGGGAGGUUGACGGAAGACGACAUUGGGAACUGUGACGCAUACAAGAACCUCAAGGUUCGGCUAGAAGACAUCGCAACACGGUAUAACCACAUCGAGGCUCUCAACAAGGAAUUCAGCGAGAAGAUUGAAGGACUGGAGUCGGACCGGUCGGCUUUCAAGGAUAGGAUACUAGAGGAGCAGAAGGGCGUCCUCGACGAGGUCGCAAAUCAGCUGUCGAAGACGGAAGCCGAUCUUGCUCGGAUACGGGGCGCAAGAGACGAUUUGUUGCAAGACCAAGCUCUGAGAAGAGCAAAGGAAGAGGCAAAGCUCUCUGCGUCGAAAGAAGUGAG